AUGUCUUUCGUAUUACCGCGACUGUCAAGAUGUUGUUGCUGUCUUAGUUUAAAGACUGGAUCACUUAUAAUUGGAUAUGUUUCACUUAUGACCACGUCGUUAUUCAUGGCCGCAUUCUCUUGGUCCCUCUACAAAGUUGUGAAAUAUGUGAAAAUAAACGCCAAUAAACUACAACCGGACCACAAGCCCGAGGAAGUGGCGCAGGUGGCGUUGGGCCUGUACAUCACGCACGCGUACGCGUUGCUGGUGUUGUUGUAUCAUUUCGUGAUCAGUCUGCUUCUAGUGAUUGGAGUGCACAUGAAUAAAACUAAAUACUUAAAAUAUUAUUUUAUGGCGGGCUUAUUCCUCUUAGCACUGGCAAUAGCCUUAGCGAUGGUCUCAACUAUAUUUUUUGGAUUACUGUCUACUAUACCAACGUUAAAGUGGUGUUUGAUACUUUUCUACUGUUUAAUCGUUGUACGAAGCACGCAUUUAGAAAUGGAAGAUCAAAAUAUACCUCGUGUGUAUGAAAUGCAAACGCUUUACAGUCCCCAACAAGUGCCGCUCAUUGCUUGA